UUUUUGAUGAAAGAAUAACAUUAUAACAUGAUGGAAAGUGAAACAAAAAAGUCAGUUUUACAUGGUACUACGUCUUAAAGGUUGGUCCAUUGAUUUUCAGUAUGUUUAAGAUCAGAGCUUCUGAAGAAGCUCAGCGUUAGCUGACUUUAUCUAUUCAAACCCAGUUUGGAUUGGAGCUUUGAGAGUCUGGAUCAUCCAACGGCGCCCACGUUUUAACCACCUCACUAUUAACUUGAGAGACCAUUGAAUCACUUAAAACCAAUUCUCUAUCUUUACCAUUCGACUCACUUUGUGCAAUGCACCAACGCCUGUGCAGCAAAACUCUGGACACUUUAUAACUUUCAAUAAAAAUCGUGCUAGUCAUGGCCUCUGUUUAUCUCCCUCUGUCGACUGAAGUUCAAGGCUCCCAGAUGACUCCAUGACAAAGCCUCACAUGACAGAAGCUCACAAACUAAUAGGAAAAAGGAACAAAAGCUGAAAACUYCUAAAAAUAUAUAUUCACAACUGGACUGUUUUCGUUGUUGGGCUAGAAUAAUUUUUUAACGUUCUCCUUUGUGUAGGGUACAUAAGUGCGUUUUCGAGUAGGAUUGGCUUGAUGUUUGGGUUUUAUUGUGACAUUAAGAUGACUGCGGAAACCUGGUUUAAAAAUGAGAAAUAAUUUGCGUUAUGCCUCACACUCUUUUAUUCAACUCGAUCUGAGAUGUGCAAAAACAGAUGACGUACACAUAUGACCUUUCUUUUUAAAACACCCAUAGUUUUUAACUACUGCCUGUGCUGCUGCAGCUUUUCCCCUGUUUACAGRWACAGAAUUUGUSCGUUUCCCAGCAGAGCUUAUAGGUUCUAYGUCUGAGAUGUGGYGGAGUAUGAAAAGCAUGUGCACUUUAUGUAACCUUCUCCGAUCAAAGCUCACCGCUGCUGAGACGGGGGAUUGUCUUAGGGUGGAGCUGUGCGUCCAGGCCCUAACAGCAGAGGUAAAUCUAUCAGCUCCUCCAGUCACUGUUCACACUCUACCCAUCAUAUCAACGGGUUUUUAUUCUCUCUGAGACUUUUUUGUUUUUAAUCUACCGGAGUUCGUCCAAGAUUUCCAAAAUGAAAACGGUUUACGUCACCAGGAUGGAUGGAGUGCAGGAGUUCGCCAUCCAACCCACAGUUAAAGGGARGGAGCUCCUAGAAAUGGUUGCCAAGGCCAUCGAUCUGGGUGAGAUUUGGUACUUUGGAUUUCAGUUUACCGACAGCAAAGGAAUCACCAAGUGGCUGAACCUUGAGAAGAAAGUGUUGGCUCAGGAUGCAAAGAAUCAGAGUUCCCUGCAGCUAAAGCUCAGAGUUCGGUUUUACCCAGAGGACACAGAGAGGGAGCUGAUCCAAGACGUCACCAGGAGGCUCUUCUUCCUGCAGGUGAGGGAGGACAUUCUYUCAGGAAAUAUCUGCUGCCCYCCAGAUGCUGCCAAGAUCUUGGACUCCUGCGCAGAAAAGUAUGAGCAGAGCAACCAGGAAGAGGCUGUGAUCGAGUACCUAAARAUCACACAAACGCUGGACAUGUUUGGUGUUACUUACUUCAAGGUGAAGGACAAGAAGAAAACAGAACUGUGGCUGGGAGUGGAUGCGUUUGGCAUUAAAAUCUACCCAAAAGACAACAAGUAAGACAUUUAGCUGGCUUAUAUCUUUAGUUUCUGCUGUGCAAAAGCUUCAUUAUAAUUGUAACACCACUAACUGAACAUAUUAAUAGCAUUCGGCCGUGUUUACAUGCAGUUGUGGACAUGAGGUCAACAAACUAGCAUUGAAACCUCAGUCAUUGACCUCGGUUGUCCUUUCCGUUUGAGUUGCACAUUUGACCACACUGACAGUUGUUCCAAAAGGCUGUUGACACAAUCCUCUUCAGUUCACUGUGGCAAGGAUUCAACAUCCMCAAAUGUUGUUUUCACAAUGCAUUUGCUUGUUUCACUCAGCUGUCUUAAAAAUAUGUAUUUUUCUAGAUUAACCCCUUUGAGUCAAUUUCUGUGGGCUGAAAUCGGAAGAAUAAGUCACGACUCUAAGAGA